CUCCAGGUCACCCUGCCACUCACCCAGCACAAGGCAAAUGUGGAGGGCUAUCUUUCCCUGGUCCACCCCCCGACCGCCCCUUGGGGAAAGAAAACUUCGUGUUCUGCUGCAGAGCCGGACGCCUGUAUUGGGAAGUGGGGAGAAUCGAGGCGGGGAUGUCGGACCUUUGGGUCGCUGGGGCCAACGAAGCCUGGAGAGGCCUUCUUUCCAUUCCCAGAAUAGGUUUGCUGCUUUUUCCUCUCCCCACUGGCCUAAAUGGAUCGCUCCGCCUAUUUCCUCCCCGGCACCUAGGGCGCAAUGGAAUAUUCCAUUGCCCCUCCGGUCCGGGCUCUGAGUUGCGGGGGACGCUCGCUUGGUUGCCAGAGAAAGCCCCGGACGUGACGGAUUUGCGCGACCCCAAGCAGCCCGCCCUUCCCCCCUCCCAUCCGUCAUUCUCCUGCGUUCCCUUUCCUCCCCCCUCCCCCUCCCCCGUGGGUUCCAGAUUUGGGAGAAGUAAACAGCGGGCAGGAGCGAGUCCCACGGACCCAGGCCAGGUGCGAGUUUGCACUCUCCAGGGGGUCUGGGCUGCUGCUCUGGGGUAUUACAGAACUCCGCGUUGUUCCUGGCUGGGGAGGUGCAUUCGUCUGGGCCUAGGGAAGAGGCAGGAGCAUGCUGGGGCUCUGUGGGCAGCGGCUGCCCGCGGCGUGGGUCCUGCUCCUGUUGCCUUUCCUGCCGCUGCUGUUGCCUGCAGCCCCCGCGCCCCACCGCGCGUCCUACAAGCCGGUCAUCGUGGUGCAUGGGCUCUUCGACAGCUCGUACAGCUUCCGCCACCUGCUGGAAUACAUCAAUGAGACACACCCCGGGACUGUGGUGACAGUGCUCGAUCUCUUCGAUGGGAGAGAGAGCUUGCGACCCCUGUGGGAACAGGUGCAAGGGUUCCGAGAGGCUGUGGUCCCCAUCAUGGCAAAGGCCCCUCAAGGGGUGCAUCUCAUCUGCUACUCGCAGGGGGGCCUUGUGUGCAGGGCUCUGCUUUCUGUCAUGGAUGAUCACAAUGUGGAUUCUUUCAUCUCCCUCUCCUCUCCACAGAUGGGACAGUAUGGAGACACAGACUACUUGAAGUGGCUGUUCCCCACCUCCAUGCGAUCUAACCUCUAUCGGAUCUGCUAUAGCCCCUGGGGCCAGGAAUUCUCCAUCUGCAACUACUGGCAUGAUCCCCACCAUGAUGACUUAUACCUCAAUGCUAGCAGCUUCCUGGCCCUGAUCAAUGGGGAAAGAGACCAUCCCAAUGCCACAGAAUGGCGGAAGAACUUUCUUCGUGUGGGCCACCUGGUGCUGAUUGGGGGCCCUGAUGACGGUGUUAUUACUCCCUGGCAGUCCAGCUUCUUUGGUUUCUAUGAUGCAAAUGAGACGGUCUUGGAGAUGGAGGAGCAACUGGUUUAUCUGCGAGAUUCUUUUGGGUUGAAGACUCUAUUGGCCCGUGGGGCCAUAGUGAGGUGUCCAAUGGCCGGGAUUUCCCACACAGCCUGGCACUCCAAUCGUACCCUUUAUGAGACCUGCAUUGAACCUUGGCUCUCCUGAGGAUAUAUUCAGGGGUCCCCAGGAAAUCUCUAGUCCAGAGACCAAGUGGUGGCCUUGGAAAGCAGAUGCCAGGCUCUGGUGUGCCUGUGACCACCUCAUUGCUCCACACUACCCCCACCAACCUGGACUCCCAGAAGCCCUCUCCUCUGCUCCUCUGUGAAUGACAAGUUCUGGCCUCCCCUACCUCAUGUCCUCUCAUUUGGGGGGUUGCUCCAUGCUCUCCCUUUCUCUCAAGGUCGAAGUUGGGAAGUGAGAAACCAUGUUUUUAACUUGUGGCUGCUUUUGCUGCUGCUGCUUCUCCGUAUCUGGCUGUACGGGAGGAGAACCCACCCCCUGCCUACCACAGGGGUCUCCUUCCAGGCCACUCAGGACAUUUUUAGCUUCUAUUCUUCCCAUAUUCCCUUUUUUCUCUGAAGUCCUCUGUCAUCAGCCCUCCCAACCCCUAAGAGGGACUACCCAUGAGAGUGGGGUUUCUGAGGCUCCCCUAUGGGGACAGUUCCGUUCCUGAAGUGUCAGUGUUGGGGAAUAUCUGUGGCCUGUGAGGCCCAUCUCAGGUUUGGGGAUCCCCCAGUCCCUAUGAUCAGUGUUGGAGUAACCCCUGGGAGCCUAGUUUCUUUGAGGCCCCAGGCCCUCUUUUAACUUCCCUUGAAUGGGUGUUACCCCUGUAUUUAUAGAAAUAAAGUUCCAUUUCCUCAG